AUGAAGCCCUGGGAGAUGAACUCGAAAUAUUCAUCUGGGGUUGAGUCUGCCAAUAUCCUUGCCAAGAAUGACUGGACCGGUGUGGUCAAAGUCCUUAGAGUUGCUGAACUUCGUCGACUUAUUGCCAGCCAUCUCUAUCCUAGCGUGGGCGACCUCACCGCGCUGGCCAUGUGCUGCAAACGUGUAGCCGCUCUUAUGCGUAAAAACAAUGAUGUCUGGGAUCUCUGGCGGCCUAUUUCACUCGACCUCGGAGCCCCGUUCAAUGCAGCCGCCGAAACGGUUGUUCCAGCAGAUGACGCCAAAGCCAAGUUCAAAAGUCCAAAUUUGGUCAUCGCUUCUAUUACACGACCGGCCGAGUCAGAGUGCCCUUAUUACGACGAGUUUUUGAACGUCGUUCGACUUUACAAGUCCAUUCAAGACUCAGGCUCGGUUCUAGAAUCCAUCGUCAUCGACCAAAUCCCGUUCUUUGAUGUUGGUAUCUUCGAGAUGAUGCUUAACACUAUGCCCAAUUUGCGGACAAUCUCUAUCACUCGGUGCCUGUUACUCGACAUCACCAAGUUGAAGCCUCUCCUGCAGGCCGUUCAUCGCCACCCCCGGGGAAUCGAGGCCAAGCCCGAAGCUAGCGCGGCCCCCAAUGGCGAAUCUUCGAAGGACUGCCCGGCCCAAGCUCCCGAAGAGGAAGAAGACAAGUCCUAUAUUCAGUUGGAUUUCUACCCUUUCUAUUUCCAUGGGCCACAGUCCAGCGGUCGUCUUGGAUCGUUCGGCGUCACCUACAACGAGCCAACCUUCCACACGCCCAAGGCGGUCAUCGCUCUGAUCAUGGACUGCUUGGACUUGGCCAAGCAGGUCGGAAUGGACUUGUUGAGCGACAGCUCCUCCUUCUGGAGCUUUGUACGUCGCCUGCCGGGCCCUGACGAUCUCUGGGCCCUCAAAGCGCGUGAGGCGCUGAUCACCCGCGAGUAUCAUCUCACCAAGACGUCCAAGCCCGAAGACAAGGUCUGGAACGACUUUGCCGACGACCUCACCUUCGCGGUCAAUGGCGACAACCAGGAUCACCCCACGCCGCCGUCGCGCAUGGCAUAUUUCAUGAAGAACGAAUACCGCGUUACCUGGGGGUUUUGGCGAAAGUCCCUAAACUGCGCCAAGUGCCAUUCCGCCUACCCGGCCUCACUCUUCCACCUACGCCGCGACGUCUGCUGGGGUUGCAAGAUGCGCAAGUUUGUUGAUCGAAUGGAAGACAGCCAUCUCCGACUCUGGCUCGAGUCGUGCAUGCAGAAAUGGUUGGAUGGCGUUGACCCGAGCGAGGCCACCUUGCACCACCUGACCGACUUCAUUGACCCGGAGACCGUAGAGGCGGCUAUAGCCGAGGUGGGGAAGACUGACGGCGUUUGGACUUAUUUCACCAAAUACUAUCUGAACCAGAACAAGCCUACCCCUGUUGACGACCGCUGGGGAUAUGUCCAACGGACCUAUAGCCCACCGCCCCCUCGGGGUAUUCAUCCAAAGCGGGCGUCUCUGGCACGUUGGCGUUGGUAUCAUACCGAGGCUCCCGCGCGGUUUGACUACAGGGAGGGAGGCCCUCAGCGGAGUCAUCCGUGCAAGGAGCCCCUGAAUUUGGUCGACCCAAUGGAUCUUGAGGUUGGUCCCGAGGAAAAUGAGCACUUCAACAGAAGUUGGGCCUGGACCGAGGACAGUAACGAGGCAUAUUACCCGUCUUGGGCACCUCAGUACACCGAGAGGUGCGAAUCGCUCGAUUCGCCUGUGGUUCCCCCGGAGCCAAACAGCGAGGAAUUUAAGAAAGCAUGCGAGAGGGCGAAACACUCAGGGAGAAUUAGCGGGCUUAUCAGAGGCGUGGAGCGCCGUGCGCAGCACAGGCAAGACAAAGAGGUCUACCGAUGGGAGUUUCCCCGCGUUGAGGACUGCUUGUGGUCCAUGGGCACGGUUGACCACAAGCCAUUCAACCAGGACAAGCCCAUCCUUGACCCGAUUCUAGACAAAAUGGAGCUGAAGGCCUUGAAAAACCAGCUCACCCUCGUCCUGCCGACUUAUACUUUCAAGGCCUCUAACGUCUGGUAG